AUGUUGUCCAUCCUUUUCACAGCUCUCUCCACCAGCGCCCUUCUCGUCUCUGGCGCACCCAUCCUCGAGAAACGCAUCGCACAGGUCAUUGCACAAGCUACAGCAGACUGGGAACAAGCUUGUCUCAGAGCCGGUGGUGGCCAGGCCUGCAAUCCCCUCUCCGUCUCGUCCAUGGCCACUUUGCUCGCGGCCCCGCCUCCGUGUGCACAACAAGACGCCGCAGACUCGAUGAUCGAUCUCGCUCGUAAACUAGGAAACGAUGCAGAGAUGAUUCGUCUCGCCCAGCUCUUCAGGCAGCAACCACGGAAUGCACCAGACUCAGUCUCCUCUCUUUACUGCCAGCAACCUCCGCGUAACAACGAACUUCAGGGUCUUUUCCAAUGCCAAUUCCAAGGUGUCAAUGACAAUGUCUUCACCGGUGGCGUAGCCCUCGGCGCCCCUGGCACUAUCCCCCUGGGUCUCAGUUCACUCAGCCCGCCCGGGUCUUGCCCCGCUAAUCCUGGUGGAAAGAUUCCAGACGGUCAGCAGUUGAACAAGAUUGUCAACAAUCCUGGACGCGGAAACGGUGGCGGAAACAAUGGCGCCGCUCAGCCUUCACAACCAGCUCCUCCCGCUCAGUCGAAUGCUCCGGCUCCAGCUCCGGCACCGGCUACACCUGCACCUGCACCUGCGCCCGCCCCGGCUAACAACGGUGGCGGUUUCCAGGCUCAAAACGCUAGGGAUGCACAGGCUCUAAACCAACAAUUCAAGGGACUCACAGCUGGCUCCGCAUGCACCGUCGGCCAAGUCGCAUGUCUCUCCAACGGCCAAUUCGCACAAUGCCCCAACGGCGCCUUUGUUGCGACUCCCUGUGCCGGUGGAACACAGUGCAUCGCACUUCCACUUGUUAACAAGGCUGGCACGAGUGUAACAUGCACGACGUUGGACGAUGCUGCCCGUCGAUUCGCUGCUGCGGGUGUCUCGGGAGGAUUUGACGGUCAACAAGGAUCUGGUAAUGCCACGCAGAACCAGAAUCAAAACCAGCAAGUUGCCCAGCCCGCACCUGCACCUGCACCCGCCCCAGCACCGGCACCAGCACCGGUACCAGCACCAGCUCCCGCUCCGGCUAAUAACGCCAGUGGUUUCCAGGCCCAAAACGCUCGUGACGCUCAGGGCUUGAACCAAAAGUUCAAGUCGAUUAGCGUCGGCUCGCCAUGCACCGUCGGUGAAAAUGCGUGCACGUCUGAUGGGCAAUUUGCGCAAUGUCCUAAUGGGACGUUUGUCGCCACCCCUUGUGCGGGUGGCACGCAAUGCCUUGCGCUCCCGCUCGUCAACAAGGCGGGUACGAGCGUAACCUGCACGACACUCGACGAUGCGGCCAGGAGGUUUGCAGCUGCGGGUGUUACGGGUGGAUUUGAUGGGCAACAAUAA